AUGACGCACCUGUUCCCAAUGGAUCUGGACGGCCACGUGCAUCCGUAUGGCCGAGACGUCGACGGAUGGGGCAGGCCGAUGGUCGACGCCGCGUGUGCUGCCGAUGAUGACGACGAUUUGGCCACCUACCAGCGCGUGCCUGAUGGCGAAAUCUCGUCCCCGCCCCCGCCCACCGACUACAUGUUCGAGCCGGACAUGGAGGCCACCGACCUCGGCGCCGUCGCCGCCGCCAUCAACCCGGCCGGCGUGAAGGUGGGCAAGGGCGACUUUGAGCUGCUCAGCCUGCUCGGAAAGGGCGGCUUUGCCAAGGUUUUCCAAGUUCGAAAGACUUCGGGCCCGGACGAGGGCACGCUGUACGCGAUGAAGGUGCUGAAGAAGGCGACGCUUGUGCAGAACCAGAAGGACACCGCUCAUGUUAAGUCUGAACGUCACAUCCUGGAGGCGGUGCGCAAUCCGUUCAUCUGCAGCCUCCACUACGCCUUCCAGACGGAGGGCAAACUGUAUCUGGUGCUCGAGUACCUCAGCGGCGGCGAGCUGUUCGCCUGUCUCGAGAAGGAGGGCAUCUUCCCCGAGCGGACGGCGGCCUUCUACCUGGCCGAGAUCACGCUGGCCCUCGAGCACCUCCACCGCAACGGCAUCAUCUACCGCGACCUGAAGCCGGAGAACAUCAUCCUCGACUCGGCCGGCCACAUCAAGCUGACGGAUUUCGGGCUGAGCAAGGAGGCCAUUGAGGGCGACAUCAAGACGCACACCUUCUGCGGAACCAUUGAAUACAUGGCCCCGGAGAUCCUGACGCGCCAGGGCCACAACCAGGCCGUCGAUUGGUGGAGCCUCGGCACGUUGAUGUUCGACAUGUUGACCGGAUCCCCUCCAUUCAUCGCCGAGAACCGCAAGAAGACCAUCGACAAGAUUCUCAAGAGCCGCAUCACGCUGCCCGCCUACCUGGGCUCGGACGCCCGUGAUCUGCUCCGCCAUCUCCUGAAGCGCAACCCGGAAUCCCGCAUAGGCGCCGGCCCGAACGGUAUCGACGACCUGAAGGCUCACCCGUUCUUCGUGGCCAACGUCAACUGGGUCCAGGUGGCUUCCAGGGAGAGCAAGCCGCCGUUCGUGCCGAACCUCACCCAUGCCGAGGACGUCUCCAACUUUGACACCCAGUUCACCAGCAUGCCGGCGGUUGACACCCCGUGCGAGCACUCGCUGGCCACGUUCCUGCAGGAGGGCGUCGCGAACCCGUUCGCCGGCUUCACCUACAUUGCCCCCAGCGUCCUCCACGAAGGCGACGCCCAACAACUGCUCGGCGCCGAUGACCAUCUCCACCACAGCAAUAGCCAGCGUUUCACCGCCUCGACCUCCUCGCUGAAGUUGUAUACCGGCGGGCCGCUGACGAUCGAGAAGGAGUCGAUGCGCUCCGCCUUCGCCAAGGCCAAGGAUUUCCACGAUUCGAACGGCAAGACGCUGCCGGCGUCGUGGGACCUGAACAAGCACAUCCUGGCCGACGGAGCGAUGCGGAAAGCCGAGAAACCGGAAAAACCGGAGAAGCCGAAGCCGGAAAAGCAGGAAAAGGCGGAAAAGGCCGAGAAACCGGAAAAGCCGGAAAAAUCGGAGAAAACGGAGAAAUCGGAGAAGAAGCCCGAGAAAAAGGAGGAAAAGCAGGACCAGAGCGACUCGACCUCCUCGAGCGAGUCGGACGAGGAGGAGUCGAGCGACGACGAGACCGACAAGGAGUUUGGCGAGGCCCGCGACGCGUUUGUCGCCCACUUCUACAAGUUCCAGGAGGAGAACGCGACACCCGCGCCAGCAGCGUCGGCCACCCGGGCGACGCCCCCGCCGAAGAAGGCGCCCUCCCCGGCGAAGGCGAAGCGCCCCCCGUCGCCGCACGAGAUCCAGCAGGUCGAGACGCUCACCAGCAAAUCCCUCAAAUCGAAACAGCAACAACCCCCGCAACACGAACAGCAACAACCCAUCCCCGCAGCCAACACCGCCGGCAAUUCGUCGUCGUCGAAAAAGAAGGAGAAGAAGAUUGACGUGUGGGAGUGCGCGGAGACGCAGAUCCCGCCGGUGCUGCGCUCCGAGUACCUGUUCGAGUUCCUGAGCGCC